AUGACCAACCAUAUACCGCAGACGAGCAGCCUCCCGUCUGCACGGGCCCUAAAGCGGUCCGUCAACGUCUGCAGCGGCCCCAUCCAAUAUCAUGCUGACUGCCCUGUUCAGCGAUCCGUAACUCAAUCAAAAGAAGUGUGGGUGCGAGACUGGAGACACGCAUCUUGCGGAACAACGGCCACAACCACAGUCCCGGCAGCUUUCCGUCACAGCUCUGUUCAGGCAUCCCCAAAUGGUUCCGGGAGUGUCAAGGAAGACCGGCUUGAUCUGUGUCAUCUUCAACCUACCCACAUCUUCAAAGCAGGUCUGACCUAUUCUGGAUAUCGUUUGCAGCACACGCCGCUUUGCCGUCAGACAGACAUCAACAAGGACGGGAGAUGGCUUGAGCGUCCCGUUGCAUCUUGUCACUUUUGGCAUCUGCCACACACACAUGCUGUCACUUUUGGCAUGAGGGCUAUUACCCAUCGGAUGAGCAGCGAGCCGACCAUCGGGCUGCCAGAUAUGGGCUUCCAGACUUCCGGCACGGUCCGGACGGAGGGGUCAUUGGAGGGUCUUCUUCGAAGAUAUGCAAUUAACCCUGCUACGAUAUCUCGGAAAGCCAAUUCAAACAGGCCUGAUCGCUUUCCGAACGAUAUCGAUGGACCAACCGCAUAUCUUGGCCACUCGUACCUCGGACUCUUGGAUCCGUUCCACACUAGCAACAAAAACAUCUUUGGGAUGAUUCUGCUUUCUCCCAUUUGUUCAGAGUUGCUGGACUUGCCACUAGGACCUGUCGACAAGGACGCUCCCGGGCCUAUCGUGCGUUCAUCCAGCGUUUGUGAAGCCAUCCACAACCAUGGAAUACCGGGUGGGCCCCGCACACUUCACCUUCCGCCGGACCCCAUCCGCCUUCAUUACCCGUUCCGUGGCGAACCCAAAGACUGUCUUUCGUCGAGCUUCCCAUACUGUUUUCUUCCCUUCUUCGUGGAUAUAUACCGCUCGUGUACGACACUGGAUGACGGGAACUGGGAAGCAAGAGCCUCUUUUCAGAAUCAAAUCACUCUUGGACAUAUUGUCACACAACACCCUCCUGUUCACCCUGAGACCCGUCUCGUCUCGUCCUCCCCCCUCUACCACGACAUGUUUACAAGAACCUCUGCUCGCUUCGAGCUUCUCUCCCAGAUCCUCCAAUGUCUCAGACUCAAACUCAGACAUUUGACAGACAAUGUUCCCAGAGUCCGUUUGCCAUUGCGAAUGUUCAGGAGAGAUACCGAAGAAAACAGCACCGACAGAUGGGAACAUUGCACCCGCCUCAUACGCCAGCGGAUGCGUGAUAUCUUCUGGGUCGGGGUGAUUUACCUCGCUAGCGAAUUGCUCAUAUGGAGUCUCUUCCUGGGUCUGUACGAAGUCCGACUUGACUACCUGUCACCCAUCAUUGGCAUGGCUGUGGUGUUCUGUUUCAUGUUCGCGAUUUCAUACCUUUGUCCGGAGUCAGAAAGCUUCUACCACCGCCACAUCAAGUACAAGGUCGACUUCAUCAAUAGCAACUUGGGCAUUGGCUUUCCGGUGCCCAUCGUCAUGAUUACUAAGGAUAGACUGCUUGGCGGUAAGGGCAUUGGAAGGGUAAUUGGAAACUUUGUGAACACCAACGUCGUCUUUUGGGUAUUGAUCUUCCUGCUUUCUUGGGGCAUCUUUGCCGGGAUACUCAGAAUUCCAGCCUUUCCCCUUCGCGAAUCUGAAAAGAGAAGCGACGAUGACACCGAAGUCGACCAACCAUGGCAGUCUGGCGGGCAAGACACUCCUAUACCACGCAUCCAGAUGCCUCCUCCAACCCUCAGCCGCAGGCCUUCCGAGUCAACGACCCUACACGGAACCACGAUCAACGGAUACCAUACCGAUAAGGAAGCGGGACUGGGUCCAGAUUCGAGGACCGUCUCGGCUUACUUCACCGAUAGUGACUGUCCGACCCCUGUCCCACCUCCGAGCCCACUGGGCCACUAUCAAGAUCGGACAUCGCUUUCCAGCUCGCAGCAGCCCCAAGUCUCGAGCGGAAAGGGUACCCAAAGGUUUAGCUGGCUCAAGGAGUGCUACCCAAUCGUUCUAUCAAUCUUGCUCCUACUCACCGUAGGCAUCCCUGUCUCGUAUGCCCUAGGCGAUGACCGCAUCCUCGAUGGAUGCAUGCUGUGGUUCACCUGGAUCAGCAGCACAAGACUGCAGCGCAAUUUUGGACGCAGCGACAUCCUCUCCAGCGUACAAGGGCUCAAGAUGACUAUCACGACACUGCUUAACCCGGUCCUCCUAAUGACCCUCGGCAUGAUAGCCUACACUCGUGCCAAAGCCGCUGCCACGGGCACGCCCAUUAAUGAAACGAUGUCCCAAUUCUCGCGCGGUAGGACUCUCUCCCUCAUCUGGACCUCAAAGGUAUCGGGAUCUUACCUCACGAGCGACUGGUUCGGCGCCGGCGACGCGGCCAUCUCGAUCCUUGAGGUCGGCUUCGUUGUCUGGGGGUUCAAGCUUUACGAGUGUCGGAAGCAAAUCUGGUCUCGCGCCGGCGCAGCCGUGGUUGUUCUUUCGACUAUCUUUGCGGCACUCAACAUCUUUGUGUCCGUCCUGCUCGGCAGAGCGGUUGAUCUCGGGCCUCGUGAGGCGCUCUCCUUUGCAGCGCGCUGCACGACGCUGGCACUGGCGCGACCUGCUAUAGAGGCGGUCUAUGGGAACGAUGUCGUCACCGCGGCACUGGUGGUGAGCAACGGCAUAUUGGGACAGCUGAUGUACCCGUCCAUGCUGAGGAAGCUGGGAUUUGACUCAGCUAGAGAGUCGCACAUUGACGUGGACGAAGAAGAAGACGAGAGACCGAGAGACGAUGCGCUUACCAUUGGGGUAGGGACGGCGAUUGGCAUCAACGGCGCGGCCAUGGGCGUCUCCUAUCUCUAUGAGAGGAAGAGCCGGGCUGCGCCUUAUGCUGCUCUCUCGAUGACCGUGUUUGGGAUCUUUACUGUCGUCUUCAGUGCGGUCGAACCGUUUACGACUACCUUGAUGAAGCUUGCCGGCAUGGGACCGGACAGAGUCCCAUAUGGCGGCGCUCUGGUUGAUGUACGCAGCAUAGCAUAG